CGGAUCACAUGUUGCUGUUAAUUCUCCGGACUGAAGAGAAGGCAGACAGUGGAUCAGCUCUGCUCUGUUACUGAGCAGGAUGACAACAAGACCUCAGAUCAGUCAACUAAGGAGACCUGAGCAUCACUCCGUCAACCACCAUUGCACAAUCUUUACGCCCAUUGGACAUUUGCAGAUACCAACGCUGGUCUACUUUAUAUAGCUAGGGCUGUUUCUCCUGUCUAGUCGAAACCAUUACCCGCUAGCACCAGCUGUCAACAGUAAUCGGGUCAGUCGUCUACUUGGUUACCUACUGUUGUCCUGACGGACUUGACACUGGCUUUGAACUUUGGAUUCAACCACUCAAGAGAAAAUGAAUGUGUUAUUCUGGGAUCAUAUGCAAGCCGGGAGCUCGGAAGUGGACUGGUGCGAGGGUAAUUACUUGAUCUACCCUGGAAUAGCGGAGUUCUACAACACGAUCAGCAACGUCUUAUUUUUCAUCCUGCCCCCUAUCUUGAUGUGUCUGUUCCGUCAGUAUGCCGAGCAUUUCAACAGUGGGAUUUAUCUCAUAUGGACACUCCUGGUUGUGGUCGGUAUUGGUUCCACAUAUUUCCACGCCACACUGAGUUUCCUGGGGCAGAUGCUGGAUGAGCUGGCCAUCCUGUGGGUGCUGAUGUGUGCUAUCGGCAUGUGGUUCCCCAAGAGAUACCUGCCCAGAAUGUUCCGCAGAGACCGGUCGAGGUUCAAGGUGGUGAUUGCCAUUCUCUCAGGGAUCACGACAGGUCUGGCCUUCGUCAAGCCGGCUAUCAACUCCAUCUCUCUCAUGAGCCUGGGUAUACCCUGCACUGCACUGCUCAUCACUGAGCUUAAGAGGUGUGAGAAUCUGCGUGUGUUUAAGCUGGGUCUUCUCUCGGGCCUGUGGUGGCUGCUGGCGCUUAUGUGUUGGGUUAGUGACCGUAUCUUCUGUGAGAUGUGGUCCUCCGUCAACUUCCCUUAUCUGCACUGUGCCUGGCACAUCCUCAUCUGCCUGGCCUCCUACCUGGGCUGCGUGUGCUUCGCCUACUUCGACGCGGCCUCCGAGGCCCCGGAGCAGGGGCCCGUGGUGAAGUUCUGGCCCAGCGAGAAGUGGGCCUUCAUCGGGGUGCCCUACGUCACCCUCCUCUGCGUCCACAAGAAGUCCUCCAUCAAGGUCACCUAGAGUGGCCACCCGCUCCACAUUCUCCACCUCCGGUCAGAGCGUUACGGGGUCACGGGGUCAAUGAGCACUUUUUUUUUCUUUUCUGUUAAACUACAAAUCUAAACAUGGCUCUGUGUGCGAGGUGGCGCUCGGUGUGCGAUACCUAUGCAGACGUGUUUUCCGUGCUGCUGCAGUGUUGCUUUUGCGUCAGGACUUCCGUCGGACUACCACUCCGCGGGACCAAACCCAGUAACCGGCUGACUGGAUCAGCUCAGAUUAGACCCGUUUUGUUUAUCCCAACAGGCAACACAAAAGACGCCACCUGAGCCAAGCCGCCUGAGCCGCACACAGUAAUGAUGUCACUCUACAGAAUAAUACUCUCAUGGUGCGGAAGCCGGAGUAAGGAAGGGGUUCUAUUUCCUGUUCACUGUAUUACAGGUGGAACAUUUAUAAUGGUCAUACAGGUAGCAAUACUUAACUCUCAUGGCUGUUUCAACAGUGGGACAUUUUGUUGUCAAAUUACGCGCAACAGUGUGAGUCACUGAUUGGCCAGUGAGUGUGAUACGUUCACGAGAGAGGUGCUUUCAUCAGGUUUAGGAUAGUUUUUCAAUAAACAUUUACUGUUAAUAGUUCAAUAAUUUUUUUAAUUCAAGAAACAUUCCCAGAAUGCACAACAAUGCACAACAGUUCAGCCAGUGUUUUGAAUGCAUAAAAAAAUGAAAAACACUCAACAUACAGGGAGCGGUCUAUGAACAUGGCAGCCAUUUCCUGCAGUUUCUCUCAGCAAUCAUUUAAACUCCAGACGAGGCCCUAGCCUCUGCCUCCAGGCCAAAGCUCGUUCGUCUUCUCUCUGAAGACUAGCGAGUCCCUAGCCUCUGUCUCUUAGAGCAGCGGUUGAGUGCUUCGUAGGCAAACUGAUGUGAACCAUUGGUAUUCCUUGGUCUCUGUCCCCCAGUAUUACGACAGUGGGCGGAGGCUAUGUUAUAUCGCUGUGCUAAAUGCUAUUGAAUGCUCCUACUGUGUUCGAUGUUUCAGUGUGUUAUUACCUUUUAACAUAUAUUAAUAUGGAUAUCUUAUAUUAAUAUGGGUAUCUUUAACAUUUAACCUGACACGUUUUCUUCUCCCAUGGACUUCCGAGUGCAGCUGUGAAAUGGUGUAAUUCUGUUUGCCAUGUGAAGGGAGAAGUGUGUUUAAAACUUUGUGUGGGUCAGUAUUGUAAUCACGUUUAAAGUGCUCGUUUGCAUGGUCUGUUAAUGCAAUGCAAUGGAAUGUCAGUUGAAGCUGUAUUGCUUAUGUGCCCAGGUGAUUGAUCUCUGUACUCUGAAUGUGGUUUAGGCAGUCAGUCGACCCAGGUUUGUUUUACAGAGGGAGGCUUCUGGAAGCUUCUCUGGUUUCAGUCAGUUUUUUCGUUUUUUUAUCAUGCCUUGUAUAGUUUGCCUUGUCUGGUUAAUUUAGAAGAGGUGUCUGAAGGUUUCUGGUUUUUGAAGGAGACACAUUGAAGGUCAUUCUCAAAGCCAGUAUAAAGACUGCGAGGUGCUCUACUCUCGUGUUAAGUAUUGUUUUGAGACCCACCAGCCAAAGCCAAGGUUGUGGUUUCUCUCUUUUUCUCCUGCUGUCCAUUUCAAUGAUGGUCAAUGCCAGCGCAGGAACACACAGCACAAAAAUGACUAUUUAUUUUCCUAUUUUUAACCGAUUAAUAAUUUUGUAUAUAAAAGUAGAUAAAAUGUACAAAUAAUGUUUGUAAUCCAAAACAAAAUUAGGCAUUUCUCCUGAGUGUAUUUUUACAUUUUAUUUUAUGUAAUAAAGAUGACUUAUAUUUA